CGAUGGUACUAUAUCCGUAUUAUCCAACUAUUCGUUGGAAAGUCUCCGAUCCGUCGGUCCCGGAAGGUGCACCCGAAUGGUUACUUACAAAUCAAAGACAGAGAAUGACGUUCCUUCAAAGUCCACACGCCAAUUUCAUCGACAAUCAUGAAUCAACUUCACAUUGUGUUCCUCCAACGCAUACUUGUACGAGUACUGUGACCAUGAUGUAACAAUUUCAUUAUCUGCAUCCAUCGCCUUUCUUUUCCACUUUUUCACUCAAUCACGCGGCUGCGCAAUUACAGCUGCGUUUCUCAUCUCACCGUGCAGCCGGAACAUCCGGAAAGCGUUGAACAUUCGCAAGGAUGACCGACAUCGACAGACGCCGGCACGGCGACAACGGAAGCUCUACGGCCUCAACUGCCGUGGCCGAAGAUACACCCCUGCUCCGGUCUGAGACCGCCAGUUCCGUAACAGCCCGGGAUGCGUCGCCCGAUGCAAAUGCGCCGUUACUUCCCGCAGACAGCCCAGACGCAACGAAGCAGCCGCUGGGCUGGAAGAGGGCGACAUGCAUCGUUCUGAGCAUGUGGGCGCUCAUCUUCCUACAGGCCAGCAACAUGAGCGGCAUCACGACGACCCAGUCGACCAUCGCCGCCGACCUGGACGCCUACGAGUCCGCCAUGUGGUUCACCAGCGCCUACAUGAUCAGCGUUUCCUCGGUAGCGCCCCUGGCCGGCCGUCUUGCCAUGAUCUUUUCGCCCGCCACCAUGAUCCUCUGGUCGGCCGGCUGCUUCUCGGUGGGCGCCCUUGUCACGGCGCUCGCGCCCAACGCUGUGGUCUUCAUCCUCGGCAGGGUGCUUCUGGGUGUCGGCAGCGGAGGAAUCAUGACGCUGUGCAUGAUUCUGAUCAUCGAGCUCACCUCUAAGAAGCGACGGGGUCUGUGGAUCGGCCUGACUAAUGCUGGCUUCACGAUUGGCGUGUCGGUGGGUGCUGUGGUGUUUGGCGCAUUGCUGCCCGUGAUUGGAUGGAGACUCCUUUUCGGGGCUCAAGCCCCUAUGGCUGCUCUUGCCGGCCUCGGAGUCAGCCUUAGUAUUAACCCGGCUAUGGCCACCAGGGAGAACUCCAAGAAUCGAAGCGUCUGGCAGAAGCUCGCAGGCGUGGAUUACGCAGGCGCCACGACCCUCACCAUAACCAUCGUCCUCUUCCUCUACGGACUCUCGGGUACCAUCCAGCUUCUACCCAUCGCACUAUCGUUCCUUACCCUAGCCAUGUUCCUCACCGCCGAGUCGUUCGCCCGGGACCCCAUCAUUCCCAUUCCCGUGCUCCGAUCCCGCGGCGUGCUGCUUUCCUGUCUCUCGCAACUCGGCUUCAUGGCGUCCCGGUGGACAGUACUCUUUUACGCUCCCAUCUUUGUGCUCGCCGUGCGCGGCCUCCCGCCCGCCGUCGCCGGCGCCAUUCUGCUCCCCACCAACCUUGGCUUUGGGCUGGGCAGUGUGGUCGUAGGAGCCCUCCACAUCCGUCGCGCGGGGUCUUUUUGGCUCCCCGCCUGGGUGUCGCUGCUCCUUUUCAGUACCACACUCUUCACGCUUGCCUUUGUAAGCAACGCAGCGGCGCCGCCCGCCCUGUACAUCGCCAUCGUCUUCCUCAACGGCCUGUGCACCGGCGCUGCGCUCAACUACACCCUCUCGCACCUGCUGCACGUGUCGAGCCCGGACACGCACUACAUUGUCACCUCCCUGCUGUCCACCUUCCGCGGCUUUGCCGGCAGCUUCGGCACCGCCAUUGGCGGGGGCAUCUUUUCGCGCACGCUGCGGGAUGCCCUCACCGAGGGGUUCAAACGGCUUGAUGGCGGCGGCGACGGCGGCUUGGACAGGGCUCGCCAGAAGCUGAUUACCGUCCUGAUCGGCAGCCCCGCCGCGGUCUAUCAGGACGGGGUUCUGAACGCGGCCGAGAGGCUGGUCGCGGUGCAGGGGUAUGAGCGCGCGCUCGAGGUGCUGUACAAGUCUGCGGCUGCGGCGUGUGUGUUGGUGGUGGCCUUGCAGGUGUGCACGGGGUGGACGGCGCCUCCAGGUGAACGCGAGGAUGACGAGGGCGAGAUUGAGGAGGCCGUUGCGGAGCAUGACGGUACGAUGGAGGCGUAGAGGGUCAGUGUUUGUUUGAUUGAAUGAAACACUACUAUGUAAGAGAUGGGCGCGUUAUAGAAAGGAAAUAGAGAGGUGGGUAGGAAAUCACUGUAUAUUACCAAGUGUACUGUACAUACAUAUGGUGCUCUAUUAGCAUCUUGGUUACGUCGAGCCCGCCUUGACCAUUCAGGCGCUUCCUGAAUACUUGUUUACUAUGGC